GAGCGAAAAUUAACAGUGGGCUCGCUUCCGGUGACAAAUCAGUUAGUUCCGUCUCUGUGUUGACAAACUAUGAGUUGAAUGACCGAUGUUCAACUGUUUUGUGAUCAGCAGUUAAAAUUAAAAAAAUAUUAUUUGAUUAUUUUACUCGUAGAUUUUACUCUGGAAUGAGUGAGAGUGUAUGAACAUGGCAAGCACUGGUUCCAGUAAAUUCCUGGCUGCUGGUGACUCAAGGCCACGGAACCUGCAAGAUCUGGACUUUACAAGCACGGAUGAGCCUGAGUUAGAAUUUGAUGAGGAUGGGACAGAGUUGUCUGCCACGAAAGAAGCGGAACUGGAGGCGGAGUUAGAAGAAGGCCCGGCUGAUUUCUGCAGCCCGUACGCUCACAUUCCCUCACUGCCCUGGGAUGUUGAACUGGCCAAAGAUGCAGAGGGCGGAGCAUUCCGAGGUGGGGCCAUCACCCCCGACGGUUACAUAGACGAAGAUUUUGAAAAGGAGCUGGGGACUCCGUCGGAAGAGGAGCCACAUAACGAGUUCAGCGACGUGGAACGAUUUGGCAUAGUGGAGGUGGCUGGUGACGAUUUAUACGGUCGGAAGGUCAUUGUCCUAUCUGCAUGCAAGUUGCCCUCAAACAAAACGUUUGAUCAUCAGAGACUAUUACAGUACCUCAAACACACCCUUGACAAGUACGUGGAGCAGGACUAUGUUCUGGUGUAUUUCCACCACGGCCUUCACAGAGGGAACAAACCCAAGCUCUCAUGGCUGUUGCAGGCCUACCGAGAGAUUGACCGCAAAUACAAGAAAAAUCUAAAAAUGAUGUACCUCGUCCAUCCAACUAAUUUCAUCAAAGUCCUGUGGAACAUUUUCCGUCCCAUCAUCAGUGUCAAGGUGGGCUCUAAGAUGAUGUACGUCAACUACCUGGUGGAGCUCAAGAGACACCUCCCCUUUGACCAGCUGGCCAUACCGCAGCCCGUGCUAGAAUUUGAUGCCCAGAAGGUUGCCAAGAACAAACUGCCAUACCCUUAUGACGGGAGCUCAGGGCCGGAGCCCAAGAAAGCCCAGCAGUUUGGCCUUUCUCUACAAGAAAUCAAGCAGAACACUGGCAGAAUCAUUCCAUUGCCUGUCCAGGACACAGUGGAGUUCCUCAAGGCCUCCGGUGCUGAUGAGGUGAAAGGACUGUUCCGGCGCUGCGGGCGUGUCACCACCAUGAGGGAAGUACAGGAGAAAUAUGACGACGGUGAGGCUGUGGACUUUGAGAGCUACGGUGACCCCCACCUGGCGGCUGCCAUACUGAAGAAGUUCCUGAGGGAACUACAGGAGCCCCUGAUGACCUUUGACCUCUUUGAGCCUCUCACUCGACUGCAUUUUAUGGAGCAAGGCAAACAGCUGACAGAAGUGCAGAGGAUUCUCAAGGAUGAGUUACCCGAGGACAACUACAUCAUUCUGAAAUUUGUCUUUCAGUUUUUGCAGCAGGUGGUCGACAAGUCUGACAUUAAUCAGAUGAACGCGGAGAACGUGGCCACGGUGUUCGGCCCCAACAUCGCCUGGCCCAAAGGUCAGGCCAACCUGGCAAGUGUGGAGCAGGCGGUCAAGUUUGCCCUCAUCCUCAUCCAGAGCUUCGACGACGUGUUCCUCAGAUAGUUCACCGGGGUGACAAGCUGCAGGGUGGCCGCAACCUUUUUUUUUUUUUUAAAAUAGUUUUUUUGGGCUUUUUUUUGUACAAGAGCAACUUAUCUGGAUCCACUACUGUUUGUCUUGUGGUGAGAGUGGCUGGGUUUUACUACGUCUUUAGAAUUUUUUGGUCAUAUGUGAAUUAUUGUCAAGUGUAAUUCCCGCUGAUCGUUUAGGUCUAUCCGGUAAAAAAAAAAAAAAAGAAUGGAAGUACGUGGUUUGAAAGUUGCGCUGGAAAAUUUGUCUCUGUUGUGUGUGAAACAUUUUUGUAUUCUUCUAGUCUCUUGGUUUGACGACUUCUGGCUUUGCCCAUUGGAAGUGUGAGUGUUGGAGAGCCACGGGGUCUAUGUCGUAAAUUAUGGGAAAUGUUUGAAUGACCUUCAGUUGGCAACAGUGUUAACUUUUUAUGUAAGCCACUUUUGUGCAUCUCGUCCUGAAGUUGAAACAAUUGUUAAGAGAAAUUGUGAGAAACCUGUCUAUUCAUAUGUGUGGGUUUGUGAUGGAGUGACUUUUCAUUUUUUGUAAAGAGAUUGGAGUGUGGAGUGGUGUGUGUAAAGAUUCUGUUAAUAUUAACAACGAUCCCAGUGGCUUUGCCCAAAGAGGAUUUUGAAAAGUCUCAUUUUAUCUGUUUGUUUUCAUACUAUGUGUAGUUUCGGUGAAACAGGGAGAAAAAAACCCCCUUUUUUUUCUCUUCUGAUAAGUUCUUUGACUUUCCGUGCCCAAUAACAAAUGCGAAUGUGAACUUUUUAUUUAACGAAAAAAA